AUGUCUGGCAUUGAGAUCGCCGGCAUCGCCUUUGGCGUUUUACCCAUACUCAUUGAGGUUGUAAAGUCCUACUCAAACGUAUGCAAACAGGUGCAUACGCUACGUCAUUACUCGAAAGAGGUGAAGUCCAUCUCAGAGCAACUCAAAGUCCACAAUGGCAUCUUCCUUAAUGAAGUUCGUCUCCUGCUGCGAUCAAUCGAAGCAGAGGAAGAGGUCGAGAGCAUGUUGGAGGAUGCGGUGGAUCAACGAUGGAUAAGUAAACACCUCAACGACAAACUGAGAACAGUUCUUCGGGAUAGCUUUGACGUGUGCCAUGGCAUCAUCGAGGAGACCAGGGAUACAAUUGAGACGAUGAGAGAAGAGAUUGGAAAUUUUGACGUCCUGCUCAACCAGAAAACGAAGGGCGAAUCCAUCAAAUCAACACUCAAACGCCUAGGAGGAGCCAUCAAAAUCACGUUCGAUAAGUCUCGACACGACCGAUGCCUAGCGAAUCUUCGGGACAGGAACGGCGAUUUGAGCGCGCUCCGGUCCCAGGUUAGCGCCUUGCAACGCCAGGACGCCCAUGGGACGAGCGCUUGUGUCCAACACAAGCCUCUACCGAGGGGGCUCAACUCUAUACAAAAUGCAUCUCAAAAGCUUCAUGAGGCCAUUUGCGGUGCUUGGUGUUGCGAUGACCCCACACAUCGAGGACACUACGCAAAGCUGUGUAUCGACGCCCAAGUUCAAGCAGAAGUGCGGCUCGACCUCGCCAUAUCAUGCCAUGAACCGAGCCCGAAUGGUAACAAUAACUCGUCGCCAACACGCCCGAUUUGGUUUUACGUGCAGUCAAUCAGCACAUCGAGAGACGCCGCUGGACAACAAGCGAAUACUACAUCUUCACCAGAUAAUCCGGCACCGUCGCCUCCGCUCGAACUGCUGACGUCUUGUGUUGUAAAUGUUUUGAAGAAGAAAGCUUCUUCUGAUCUCCAACAUCAAUCUUCAUGCCGCAAGAAAGCCAAGAGUGUAUACUUCGUCGAUGCGUCCACGGCGUCUGAUCCUGUCGCAGCUGUCUCGAAACCUCCCUUCCAGGCGCUUGCGCCCGAUAUCGAUCUUUGCCAAACAAAGGACAUUUGCAAAUACUUGCAAAGGCACUACCAUCUGUCUGGGCAAACAGUCGCUAAGCGCUGUAUUGGCUACCUGGAAACCCCACAAAUGUACAAACACCUGUUCUAUUUUCGAGAUGAAAACAGAGCUGUAACUCCUGGACCAAUUAGAACGCAACUAGACAGCGUGUGUUCUAUCUUCGAUGUUAUGCGACACAAUGCAGAUGAUGCUCUAGCGGUCGAGGAUCAGUUGAAGUUGGCCCACAAGACUGCGCUUGCGCUUCUUCAAUUCAACGACACGCCAUGGCUACCAGAUCGCUGGCGGCUCCGCGAUCUGAGCUACUUCGGGUCGAAAAGUUCGUUGAACGACGAAGCCCUCAAGACAUUGCAUCUCAGCUCGCAGAUCUCAGCCCCUGCAGUAGCAAAUGCACUAGACAACACGAUGAAUGGUAUCGAACAGGCUGCUGAUGUUGUCAGUGAUCAAGAUCGUUACGGCAUCAACAACACUACCUUGUUCUUCCUUGGCAUUGCUCUUCUCGAGAUCGCACACUGGAAACCAAUUGAAGAAAAGAUGACGGACCGCGAUCUCAACAACGAGAUCUUCGCUGCUCGUCGUCUGGCAGCUGGCCGUGCACCAUUAGGCCCACAGUACCAGAAGAUCGCCGAGAAAUGUCUUCAAUGCAACUUCGGAUUCGGGACUAAGCUCGGCAACAAAGGACUGCAGACAGCUGUUUACAACGAUGUGGUGUGCGAGCUUGAGAAUAUGAUAGAAAAGUUGACUGUCUAA